GACGGGAGUUUGUUCUGAAAGGGCUGAAAUCGGAGCACCGCGAAAACGAGGGAAAAAAAAAAUGGGCAGUAGAACAAAUUUCUACAAGAAUCCUUCCAUCUCCUACAAGAAGGACUUGAAUCUCUCCUCCGCUCUUCAAAACCUAAGAGCAUAUAAUAUUGCUAUCGGCAAUGCUCCUCCGACCGAUGAUCAACCACCUCCUGUCGCGAAGAAGAAUGAGAACCGCAAACGCCUCCGCCGGGAGCCAGAAUUAUCAGGUAAUCCGAAAUAUGAUGUUGGAAGCAGUGACGGGCCUAUGUCUCAUCAAGAUUAUAUUGAAAAGAGAAGGAAAGAAGCUAAUAGACCUCAACCUUAUGAGACGCUUACGGAAGAUGUUUUGGGAACUUCCAGCUUCGGCUUGAACUUGGUAGGAUAUGAAAGUGAUGAGAGCACAUCUUCGGAAACUGCAGUAAAGCCAGAUCAUCAAAAUUCCAGUCUCUUGAAUGAGUUUGAGGAAGUUGAGGGAAAAACUGAGCAACGUUUUGCCAUUGCGGGAGAACCUGUUUGUGUAGUAUGUGGUAGAUAUGGAGAAUACAUAUGCAAUGAAACCAAUGAUGACAUCUGCAGCAUGGAGUGCAAAUUUAAGCUUUUGGAAAUUCUUAAAAGGAGUGAGGUAUCCUCAAAUUGUGAAGUGAAAGAUGUUGCAUUACCAGAAACCAAGUAUAUCCUUCCAUCCCCAGAGUUUGGGGAGGACACCUGGGAUUAUAAGAACCAUCGCUGGUCCAAAACAAAAUCCAAUCUUUGUACUUAUGAAUGCUGGAAAUGUCAAAAGCCGGGGCACCUUGCUGGAGAUUGUUUGGUGAGAACCAGUAACCAGGUAAUGCAACAAAAGACUUUCAAUACUGUACCUAACGAUCUCAUUGGACUAUAUAAAAGAUGUUACCAGAUAGGAAAGAAUUUGUCAAAUGCACUGUGCAACGAAUGCAGCUGUUCGUUUAGUUUGGCGACAUGCCUUGAUUGUAGUACUGUUUACUGUGACAAUGCAGGUCAUUUAAACGAGCAUAUCCGCAGACACCCAACUCAUGGACUAUAUUACUCGCAUAAACUCAAACGUCUUGUAAAAUGCUGCAAAUCAACAUGCAGGGUGACCGACAUCAAGGAUCUUCUGGUGUGCCAUUACUGUUUUGAUAAAGCUUUUGACAAGUUCUAUGAUAUGUAUACUGCAUCUUGGAACGGAGCUGGACUUUCAAUCUUAUCGGGUUCCAUAUGCUGCGAAGAUCACUUUGCGUGGCAUCGCAUGAACUGUUUCAACGCAGAUGUAGAGGACGCUGCCUAUAUCGUCAAUAGAAACACUAAAAGUGAAAAGUCUGCUUCCGUUAGCGACUUUAUUUUUUGAGACAUCAAGAGUUCAAGCAACUGUACGUGUACCUUUUUUUACCUUUCCUCGUAGAUAUUCAUAUCCCUUAGUUUCAGUGCAAGAAAAUCCCAAUUUUGUACUUAAGCUAAAAGAUCUACCUACCUUCAAGCCCCAUCUUUUAUGUGAAUAGUCUGGAAAGAAACGUGUACUUAAAAUUAAAUUUUAAGUACAACAAUUAUAAUAGUAAUUAUUACCUAGAAUGAUGUAAAUUAGGGGGAAAAAGAACAAUUUUUAUCCUCGAACUUGGUAAGGUAAGGUGUAUCGAUUUUGCA